AGAUGAACAACGCAGUGCCCACCUCUCCUCUGCUUCAGCAGAUGGGCCAUCCACAUUCAUACCCCAGCCUGGGCCAGAUCUCCAACCCCUAUGAACAGCAGCCACCGGGCAAAGAACUCAACAAGUAUGCCUCCUUAAAGGCAGUCGGAAGUUGUGAUGGUGACUGGGCAGUGGCCACACUGAAGUCACCCAAAGCUGACAAGGUCAACGACGACUUCUACUCCAAGCGACGGCACCUGGCCGAGCUGGCUGCCAAGGGGAACCUACCUCUGCACCCUGUGAGAGUGGAGGAUGAGCCACGGGCCUUCAGCCCUGAGCAUGGUCCCACCAAACAGAACGGACAGAAGUCCCGCGCCAAUAAGAUGCCCCCACACCCCCUGGCCUACAACUCCACCCCCAGCAACUUUAAGGGCUGGGACCCCAACGAGCAGUCCCUUCGGCGGCAGGCUUAUGGCAACAAGGGCAAGCUGGGCACGGCUGAGUCAGGCUCCAGUGAUCCCUUGGGAACACGUACCCAACACUACCCACCCCCACAGCCAUACUUCAUCACCAACAGCAAAACAGAAGUGACUGUCUGAGCUGUCUCUGCAGGGAGCGUCCUGGAGACCACACUCAACUGAGAGAGGCAAAAAAUAUACCGCCCACGCCCUCCCUGUCCUCCCCACACACGCACCCACACACACUCACUCUCCACACGAACCGAUGACAGACCUGCUGGUGACACGGAAUCACGCUUUUCCUGCGUCAUGCCUAACGUGUCGGUGGGCAUCCGAGGAACACCGGAGCAUGGACAUUCAGCAGUACAGCAAAGGGGAGACUGAGGCACACUCUUUCGACGCCAGGCCCAAGAUGGCCAGCUCACAUGCCCAAAC